UCCGGACCACCGAACCUGCGCAGGGGGGCGCUCGCUCGGCCCCUUGGCGCUCCGGGCGGUUGGAGUCCUGCAUGGCCGGGAGCCCUCCUGCGCUGUUGCUGCCGUUUUUGAUGCUCCUGGUGCCGGAGAUCCCUGCCCAGGUCUACCCAGACUACCAGUACUUCGGCCAGCAGGGCGAAGGUGACACCUGGGAGCUGCUGCGGCUGCAACAUCAAAAGGUCAAGGAGGACUCUAUCCUUGGCCCGUGGGGAAAGUGGCGCUGUCUCUGUGACCUAGGCAAGCAGGAGCGCAGCCGCGAGGUGCUGGGCAAGGCACCAGGCCCGGUGUUCAUGGACCGCGAGAGCCUGGUGCAGAGGAGGCCCUGCCGGCAGCGGGACUGUGCGUCUUGCCGGCCGUUGGACUGCGCCUGGAGGCUCUGAGCCACCUCUCCAGGAGGAGCCCUCGAAGCCCCAGGACGGAGUUUUCAAAGAGACCCUGCCCACACAGUACUGCAAACUACACUCUCAGCGGAACCCUUAUGAACUACAAUUCCCAGAAGGCCACAGGACGGUGUCUGUCGUGCAAGGCCUGCAGGGACGUCGGGGCGUGUCCUGUGUGCCAAUUGGUCAGAAUCCAGCGCCGCUCCGGGGCCCGCGGAAAACUCGCAGAGACCGGAACCUGCAGCGUUGGUUACUGCGGGUGUUGUCGGUGGCAUCAUGGACCUCAGCGAGCUGGACAAGGACAAUACCGGCCGCUGUCGCCUGAGCUCGCCUGUGCCCGCCGUGUGUCGCAAAGAGCCCUGUGUUCUGGGCGUGGACGAAGCUGGCCGGGGCCCCGUGCUGGGCCCCAUGGUCUACGCCAUCUGUUACUGUCCCCAGUCCCGCCUGGCAGAUCUGGAGGCCCUGAAGGUGGCAGACUCAAAGACCCUGUCGGAGAACGAGCGGGAGAGGCUGUUUUCGAAAAUGGAAGAGGACAGGGACUUUGUGGGCUGGGCCCUGGACGUGCUGUCUCCAAACCUCAUCUCCACCAGCAUGCUUGGGCGGGUCAAAUACAACCUGAACUCUCUCUCCCAUGACACAGCCUCAGGGCUAAUCCAGUACGCAUUGGACCAGGGUGUGAACGUCACCCAGGUAUUUGUGGACACUGUGGGGUUGCCAGAGACAUAUCAGGAGCGGCUGCAGCAGCGCUUUCCUGAUGUUACAGUGACUGUCAAAGCCAAAGCAGAUGCCCUCUACCCUGUGGUCAGUGCCGCAAGCAUCUGUGCCAAGGUGGCUCGGGACCAGGCCGUGAAGAGCUGGCAGUUCGUGGAGAAAGUGCAGGACCUGGACACUGACUAUGGCUCUGGCUACCCCAAUGACCCCAAGACGAAAGCCUGGCUGAGGAAGCACGUGGAGCCCGUGUUCGGCUUCCCACAGUUCGUCCGGUUCAGCUGGCGUACAGCCCAGGCCAUCCUGGAGAAGGAGGCGGAAGGUGUUAUGUGGGAGGACUCCGCAGCCGAGGAGCAGGAGGGAUCCAGGAAGAUCACAUCCUACUUCCAAAGCGAAGGCCUCCAAGCCCGCCCCCCACACCGGUACUUCCAGGAGCGUGGCCUGGAGUCAGCCACUGCCCUCUAGAAGCCAGCCAGCUACCCUCUGCCGGCCUCCCCUGCCUCCAGGAUUAAAGUUGUUUGAGGACAAGCGA